UGUUUGGUUACGGGAUUGAGGUAUGAUGGGGUCGAUGGUCGACCAAUGUUAGAUGAAAAACCGUCUUCAGUGAAGGACACAUAUUUUAAGGACUUAAAAGCUGUUACAAGUGAAGAUGUCAAGAGGGUUUUUAUUUCACUUGAUGAUGCACCAGACCUUGACGUUGUUAAGAUUGGAAUUAUCUAUCUCAUCACCUCAUACUUAUUUGCUACAUCCUACCCGAAGGUGGUGGAUCAAUACAUAUUUGCACUUGUAGACGAUUUUGCCACUCUUGAAACAUUUCCUUGGGGUAGAUAUUUGUUUGAGACCACCUUAUUGUCGCUAAAAAAGGGACUAUCAAAACAAACUAGUCACUAUAGAUUGACAGGUUUUUUAGUGGCUUUCCAGGUGUGGUUAUAUGAGUGCAUACCUGCACUUGAGGGAAAUGUGGCCACAAGAAUUUAUAAGAAAUAUCCACGCAUUAUUAAUUGGACUGCGCACAAACAUCCUUCAGUGUCAAUGUUGGAGGACAAAGUAUUUGGAAAUGAGAAUGUUGUGAUAAAUGACAUAGAUCCAUCUGAAGUUGAGCUCACAAUGCCAUAUAUGACAAGUUUUAAAUAUGAAAUUCACAUUUAUUAUGAUACGAAAUAUGAUUUGUGACCUGAAGUAUGAAUAUCCUGUUUGUAAAGUGACAUAUGUUUUAUGACUGUGACCUGAAACAUGUAACUUGUGACCUGUGACUCUCUUUGUCGUUAUGUAUGUUGUGGCUUGUGCCUUGUGACUUAGUUUGCUCUUAUGCAACUUGUGACUUGUGAAUGUGAUCGAAAACGUGUGAUAUGUGACUUUCUUCAGACGAUUGUGAACUGAAGUAUGAAUAUCCUGUUUUGUAAAGUCACAUGUCUCUUAAGCUUGUGACGUGAAACAUGUGACUUGUUUCUUGUGACUUUCUUCAUUCUUAUAUAUGUUGUGUACGAUCGGUAGAUGUGGAGUACUCAAAGCCUAGACAACCAACUCGGAAUGUUAGGAUCUCUGAAAAUCAACUGGGCACAAGUGAGGCAACUCCCCUACUGUCGAAGGUAGAUGUUGAAGAUUCAGAUUUUGUAGGCCCAUCACUAUAUAAACAAACGGGGGCUGCUGGCUCUAGCUCUCGCGAUCAGCAAAGUGCUGCCUCACAUCCAGAUUGCUCAUGUGUCGAGGAAUGUGGUCGACUGAAGCAGUUGAUUGAAAAGGAAGUAACCAAGCUCCAAGCGGAGAACAAGGGGUUGAAAGAGGAGA